GUGCUUCUGGAAGGUUCUGAGGGGAUAUAUAAAGGCGGCGGGGCGGGCGUGGAGAGGUCUCAUUGGGCAGCGAACUAUACAGAGCUUCUUCUUUUGUGCACGUCCCGGCCUGUCUGCACCGCUCAGACAAGAUGUCCAAGGGACCAGCCGUCGGAAUUGAUCUUGGCACCACAUACUCCUGCGUUGGCGUGUUCCAACAUGGGAAGGUGGAAAUCAUUGCCAACGACCAGGGCAACCGGACCACGCCCAGCUACGUCGCCUUCACAGACACGGAGAGGUUGAUCGGCGAUGCCGCGAAGAACCAGGUCGCAAUGAACCCAACCAACACAGUUUUCGAUGCCAAACGGUUGAUUGGCCGUCGGUUUGAUGACUCUGUUGUCCAGUCUGACAUGAAGCAUUGGCCCUUCACCGUGGUCAAUGAUGCUGGCAGGCCCAAAGUGCAGGUGGAGUACAAGGGCGAGACCAAGAGCUUCUACCCAGAGGAAAUCUCCUCCAUGGUUCUAACCAAAAUGAAGGAAAUUGCAGAAGCAUACCUUGGAAAGACUGUCACCAACGCCGUCGUGACCGUGCCAGCCUACUUCAACGACUCCCAGCGCCAGGCCACGAAGGAUGCCGGAACCAUCGCGGGCCUCAACGUCCUGCGGAUCAUCAACGAGCCCACAGCUGCUGCCAUUGCCUAUGGGCUGGACAAAAAGGUCGGUGCUGAAAGGAACGUUCUGAUCUUUGACCUGGGAGGUGGCACCUUCGAUGUCUCAAUCCUGACCAUUGAGGAUGGGAUCUUCGAGGUGAAGUCCACGGCAGGUGACACUCACCUGGGUGGGGAAGACUUCGACAACCGCAUGGUGAACCACUUCAUCGCCGAGUUCAAGCGCAAGCACAAGAAGGACAUCAGCGAGAACAAGAGGGCGGUGCGGCGCCUGCGCACCGCCUGCGAGCGCGCCAAGCGCACCCUCUCCUCCAGCACCCAGGCCAGCAUCGAGAUCGACUCCCUCUAUGAGGGCAUCGACUUCUACACCUCCAUCACCAGGGCUCGCUUCGAGGAGCUCAACGCGGACCUCUUCCGCGGCACCCUGGACCCCGUGGAGAAGGCCCUGCGGGACGCCAAGCUGGACAAGUCCCAGAUCCACGACAUCGUGCUGGUGGGGGGCUCCACCCGCAUCCCCAAGAUCCAGAAGCUGCUGCAGGACUUCUUCAACGGCAAGGAGCUCAACAAGAGCAUCAACCCUGACGAGGCUGUGGCUUACGGGGCAGCUGUGCAGGCUGCUAUCCUGUCUGGAGACAAGUCUGAGAACGUGCAGGAUCUGCUGCUGCUGGAUGUCACUCCCCUGUCUCUGGGCAUUGAGACUGCUGGAGGCGUCAUGACAGUGCUGAUCAAGCGCAACACCACCAUCCCCACCAAGCAGACCCAGACCUUCACAACCUACUCUGACAACCAGCCUGGUGUGCUGAUCCAGGUCUAUGAAGGUGAACGUGCUAUGACUAAGGACAACAACUUGCUGGGCAAGUUUGAGCUGACUGGUAUCCCCCCUGCUCCCAGAGGUGUGCCUCAGAUUGAAGUAACCUUUGAUAUUGAUGCCAAUGGCAUCCUCAAUGUCUCUGCUGUGGACAAGAGCACUGGCAAGGAGAACAAGAUCACCAUCACCAAUGACAAGGGCCGGCUGAGCAAGGAGGACAUCGAGAGGAUGGUCCAGGAGGCCGAGAAGUACAAAGCAGAGGACGAGAAGCAGCGUGACAAGGUCUCCUCCAAGAACUCCCUCGAGUCCUAUGCCUUCAACAUGAAAGCUACAGUGGAAGAUGAGAAGCUCCAGGGCAAGAUCUCAGAUGAGGACAAGCAGAAGAUCCUGGAUAAAUGCAAUGAGAUCAUCAACUGGCUGGACAAGAACCAGACUGCUGAGAAGGAGGAGUUUGAGCACCAGCAGAAGGAGCUGGAGAAGGUUUGCAACCCCAUCAUCACCAAGCUGUACCAGAGUGCAGGAGGAAUGCCUGGGGGCAUGCCUGGUGGAUUCCCUGGUGGUGGAGCUCCUCCAUCUGGGGGAGCUUCUUCUGGACCAACCAUUGAAGAGGUGGAUUAAAGGCCCUGGGAGAUGCAUUCCACUAGCAGUUAGUGUUGGAGAGAACCUCUGGGCUUUGGGCUUAGACUGAAGGACCCAAACCUGUAGGCACAUUGGGGGUGUACUUUGUUUUGUUGCCAGAUUCAGACUCCAUAACUGAGCUGCUGUAAAAUAAAUCCAAUGAGGAGAAAGAGAGAGAAAGGGGGGGAGGAAAAAUAACCACAACAAGCAAAAUUUCUGGGCAUUGGAACUACUUGAAGAUGUGCACAGGAGGGAGCUGGCUGCCAUUGCACUUUACAGUACUGUACAGGAGUGGGAAUGCAACUCUGUGUCCUCCAAUAAAAACUAUUUAAUGGGCA